GAUUGAAACAAGCUCUCUUCCUAGCAGCACCAAACUCAAGCCUCUGCUCGCUGGAUUCUGGUUUCCUUUCCGGACGCAGAGGGGUCCACGCGGACACACCUGCGCUUAGAAGCACAUUCGGAGAAAGCUCGGUGUCCACGCGAGGUCAGCAGGACAAUGGCGGCGCGACAGAGCGGUGACUGCAGGGGAUUUGUCCUGCUCUCCUUUCUCCUGGGGACCUGGUGGGAAGCCUGGGCGGGACAGAUUGUCUACUCCGUGUCGGAAGAAACAGACAAAGGGUCUUUUGUGGGCAACAUCGCCCAGGACCUGGGGCUGGAGCCGCGGGAGCUGGCGGAGCGCGGAGUCCGCAUCGUCUGGCGAGGUAGGGCGCCCCUUUUCGCUCUGAACGCGCGCAGCGGCGGCUUGGUCACGGCGGGCAGGAUAGACCGGGAGGAGCUCUGCGCUCAGAGCGCACGCUGUCUGGUGAGCUUUAACGUCUUGAUGGAAGAGAAAAUGAAUCUCUACCCUAUAGAAGUGGAAAUCAUAGAUGUUAAUGACAACGCUCCUAAAUUCUUAACAGAAGAAAUAAACGUAAAAAUAAUGGAGAACACGGCUCCUGGGGUGCGGUUUCCACUAAGCGAGGCUGCGGAUCCAGAUGUGGGCACCAACUCCCUGCAGAGAUACCAGCUCAGCCCCAAUCGCCACUUCUCCUUGGUUGUGCAAAGCGGAGAGGAUGGGAUCAAGUACCCAGAACUGGUGCUGGAGCAGGUUCUGGACCGGGAAGAAGAGGCCUUGCACCACCUGGUUCUCACUGCCUCUGACGGUGGGGACCCGCCCCUCUCCGGCACCGCCCACAUUCGGGUGACGGUGGUGGAUGUGAAUGAUCACAGCCCAGUCUUCUCUCUGCCUCAGUACCAAGUGACUGUUCCUGAGAACGUGCCGGCGGGCACGAGACUCCUCACGGUAAAUGCUAUUGACCUGGAUGAGGGAGUCAAUGGGGAAGUGACAUAUUCUUUUCGGAAAAUAACUCCCAACCGCCUACAGCUAUUCCAUCUGAAUUCCCUGACGGGAGAGUUAUCCACUCUGGAAGGCCUGGAUUAUGAAGAAGCCAGCUUCUAUGAGAUGGAAGUUCAGGCUCAGGAUGGUCCUGGGAGCCUGGGAAAGGCCAAAGUCCUGCUCACAGUUUUAGAUGUGAAUGACAAUGCUCCAGAAGUGACUGUAACCUCUGUAAGCAGCUCAGUCCCUGAAGACACGCCUCUCGGCACAGUGAUCGCUCUUUUCUACCUGCAAGACAGAGAUUCCGGGGAAAAUGGAGAGGUGACCUGCACUAUUCCAGAAAACCUGCCUUUUAAAUUAGAAAAGUCCAUAGAUAAGUAUUACAGAUUGGUCACAGCGGAAAACCUGGAUCGGGAGAAGUUCUCAGUGUAUAAUGUUACCCUGAAAGCCACAGAUGGUGGAACCCCUCCACUGUCCACGGAAACUCACAUCUCCAUUCAUGUGGCCGACACCAAUGACAACCCACCCACCUUCCCCCAUUCCUCUUACUCCAUCUAUAUUCCUGAGAACAACCCCAGAGGCUCUUCCAUCUUCUCAGUGACCGCACAGGACCCGGACAGCGACCAGAACGCCCAGGUCACUUAUUCUCUGGCUGACGACACCAUCCAGGGGGUGCCAGUGUCCUCCUACAUCUCCAUCAACUCGGACACUGGGGUCCUGUAUGCACUGCGUUCCUUUGACUAUGAGCAGUUUCAAAACCUGCAACUGAGAGUGAGUGCACAUGACAGUGGGGACCCACCUCUCAGCGGUAAUGUGUCGCUGAAUCUAUUUGUUCUGGACCAGAAUGACAAUGCACCUGAGAUCCUGUACCCCACCCUCCCUACUGAUGGAUCCACUGGCAUGGAGCUGGCACCGCGUUCUGCAGAGCCUGGAUACCUGGUGACCAAGGUGGUGGCGGUGGACAGAGACUCGGGCCAGAACGCCUGGCUGUCCUACCGCCUGCUCAAGGCCAGCGAGCCGGGGCUGUUCACCGUGGGGCUGCACACGGGCGAGGUACGCACAGCACGAGCCCUGCUGGACAGAGAUGUGCUCAAGCAGAGCCUCUUGGUGGCUGUCCAGGACCAUGGCCAGCCCCCUCUUUCGGCCACUGUCAUACUCACCGUGGCCGUGGCUGACAGCAUCCCCAACGUCCUGGCUGACCUGGACAGCAUCAAGACUACAGCUGAUUCUGAUGAUUCAGGCCUUACACUCUACCUGGUGGUGGCAGUGGCUACAGUCUCCUGUGUCUUCCUGGCCUUUGUCAUUGUGUUGCUAGCACUCAGGCUGCGACGCUGGCACAAGUCACGCCUGCUGCAGGCUACAGGUAGUGGGUUGUCAGGAAUGCCUGCCUCACACUUUGUGGGCGUGGACGGGGUGCGCGCUUUCCUGCAGACCUAUUCCCACGAGGUCUCCCUCACCACGGACUCGAGGAAGAGCCACAUCAUCUUCCCUCAACCCAACUACGUGGACAUGCUCAUCAGUCAGGAGAGCUGUGAGAAAAGUGAUUCUUUGUUGACAUCCAUAGAUUUUAAUGCAUGUAAGGAUGAACCCUCAAGUGUUCAGGUGAGUCCCAGACUGCCUUUAUUUCCACACAGAGUUCCAUUUUGCAUGAAAUGUUUCUAUUUGCAAAGCAAGCAUCUUGAAGAUGGGGGGGCACUUUAA